AAGCUAACCAACAACCCAUUGAAGAGGAUAUUCAAAAACCUGUUCAAGUGGUUAUCCAAAAACCUAUUCAAAAGAAUAGAGACUAUAUUAGCCAGGAAGAGACAGACAAAUGGGUUAGCCCAAAUGUCCGAAAACCUGAAAACUCGGAUGACUGUAUGACUCUCUGUCAUGAUCUUAAACAAUACGAUCUAGAA